UAAGAAUACACAAAAUAUCUCGGGAUUCUCAGGAAAAAAAUUUGAUUUUGAUACCCGUCCUUUUGUAUAACCCACCCAACUGAGUUAAGAUGUCGACGAAGUGUAACUCCAAGAAAGAUUUUCCAGGCGAUGAAGCUUUAGACAAAGUAAAUAAACACAUCAAAGACGCUUUCGACAUUCUGAAGCGUGAGACAAACAGGCUUCGCAAGGAGAGAAAUGCAUUUGAUGAGGUGGCAAAGAAGUUCGAGCAUGUUCAUUUCUCGUCGAUGCUGAAACUCAACGUCGGAGGCCAUUUUUUCUCCACAAGUUUGGCGACUAUGAGUAAGAUCCCAGGUUCCAUGUUACAUGCCAUGUUUUCAGGCAGAUUUGACACAAAACCUGGCGAGGAUGGAUCUUACUUCAUCGACCGAGACGGAACACACUUCCGACAUAUCUUAAAUUAUCUUCGCACUGGGAAACUCGUGUUACCGGACGAUAAAGUCGUUCGCAAGGAGUUGUUAAGCGAGGCGGAAUUCUAUCAAAUCGAUGGGAUACUCGAUGAGUUGAAAGCAAAGCCGUUUAAAGAUUCUGCAGUUCUCUCUUCAGAAGAGCGCGAAACCCUGGUGGACUGGUUGAAGGACACUCGCGAAAGCUUAGGUGACGAUUACGUGUUGUUAUACCGAGCUUCUCGCGAUGGAUGGAGCGCCUCUAACUUCCACUCUUGUUGUGAUAACAAAGGACCAACAGUCACCGUGAUAAAGAGCAGAAAUUACACAUUUGGAGGAUAUACCGAGCAGCCAUGGCAAUCGUCAAAUACUGGAUUGUACAAAAGAGCACCAGGUUCUUUCCUGUUCAGCCUUGUCAAUGCCAGUGGCUUGCCACCAACAAAGUUGCCUUUGAUAGAUGGUAUGGAAGGAAAUGCCAUCUACUGCUACAGUAGCAAUGGUCCAGUAUUUGGAGGUGGACAUGACCUUAACAUUUGCAACUCUCCAAAUUCUUCCAACUGCUCCGUUAACCUUGGCAAUACAUACCAGAGCCCAGUAGGUCAGAAUUGUUUCAAUUUUUUGACAGGAAGUCAAAACUUCACUGUGAAUGAAAUGGAAGUGUUUGUGUUGGAAAAUUAAAGACAUUGUUGUCAUUUGGUUUUCUUCCUGAUGAGAAAAAAACUGAUUCUGUAAACGUUUGCCAUGGACUAGUUUCCUCUUAGUCAUGUUGUUGAUAGAGAGUUUUGUUACUGAUAUAGGAAUGGCUGUGAAAGAGCCUUUAGAAACUCUGGUGCUGUACUGAUUUGGCUCGUGAAAGAUUGUUUCUUGCUUCUGAUUGUCAAGAAUUGUCUAUUAGUCAUUUAAGUGAGUUGUUGUUAUUUGAUUAAUUACUUAUGUUUGCGAAGACUGUUUCUGACUGGAGAUCUGUGAAGAUAUUAACCAGGUGGUGGAUUAACAAGCAUAAUCAAAACUAUAACAACACUUUUGAACAUGAUUGGUUAUCACCAGUCCGAUUUGAGCACUAACAGGAUAGUGUACGUUUCAUGCUUGUAAUUGAACAGUGUGCUGGGACAAUUUAACGUUAAGCCCGUGCUAGUGGACGGUACGCGUCAUGUGCGCGCUGCUGUCGCACAUUUAGCCGAGUUAAACUAUUUGUUUUAAUGAAAAAAGAUAACCAAUGUCCAGUUCCUUUUUUCAAAUUUUGUCAUAGUUUUGAUUAAUUGGUAACAAGACUUCGUGUUGCACAAUUCUAUUUGUUAUUAUAUUCGUGAUUUAUAAACAUAUCGGACUUCCACGAUUUUGUCAAUAACUCGUAUGAUUACAGACCCAAUUAAACUCCACUCAGUCCUAUUACCAUUAUAAAUCAAAUGCGGGUUGUUCAUAUAAAAAGCACGAUAAAAGCGCAAGAGGUUCUCAACACAGGCGUUGUGUCAGUAAAACAAAGUGCUUUGGUAAACGGCGGAAUAGUAGUGGAGGAGUGAAAAAAUCGAGGAAGGUCUGGAACGGGUCGGGCAAAGAACGAACGACACGAUCCAGACCUCUCUCCCAUCUUAGCCUCAUUUUACCAAUAGGAUGCCUGGAACAGGCUAAUGGAAUAGGUGCGUAAGUGAUGUUUCUUUUCAUUUGGGAAGAGGAGGGUGAGGGAGGUAAUGGGCUAGAUUCAGCGCAGAGUGGGAAUUUAUCAGCAUGGUUAGGUUGUUUACUUGUGAGAAAUUUUCAACUUAAAUAAAGGGAGAGGAAUCGGUCAAACCUAAA